UAAACCCCGGUCACCAUGGCCACCCCCUCCACCUCCGCCUCCACGCCCGCCUCCUCCUCCGCCUUCCCCCUCACAACCGCCGCCCGCUUCCCCCGCGCCUCCACAUCCGGCACGCGCACUCCCGCCGUCGCCGAGCGGCGCCGCACGCGGCGGCGCCGGCUGUCCGAGGGGAGCGGCGGCGACCGCUCGGCUGCAGCGGGGGCGGUGGAGAAGGGCCUGCGCCUUGCCUUCCUGGAGCAGCUCGCGGAGCGCGCUCGUGCCGCCGAUGCCCUCGGCGUUGCCGACACCAUCUACGACAUGGUCGCCGCUGGCCUGUCGCCUGGGCCCCGUUCCUUCCACGGGCUCGUCGCAGCACACGCCCUCGCUGGCGACGCGGACGGCGCUAUGCAAGCUCUUAGAAGGGAGCUAAGUUCCGGUGUGCGUCCUUUACACGAAACAUUUAUUGCUUUGGUCCGUGUCUUCGCCAAGAAGGGCCUUUCUACAAGGGCCAUGGAGAUUCUUGCUGCUAUGGAGAGAUAUAAGUAUGAUAUUCGCAAGGCUUGGCUAGUUCUUGUAGAGGAGCUAGUCAGGAACCAUUAUCUGGAGGACGCCAAUAAGGUAUUUCUCAAAGGAGCAAAAGGUGGUUUACAAGGAACUGAUGAUCUUUACGAUCUUCUGAUUGAAGAAGAUUGUAAAGCUGGAGAUCACUCCAAUGCUUUAACAGUUGCAUACCAAAUGGAAGCUGCUGGAAGAAUGGCGACCACAUUCCAUUUUAACUGUCUUCUAAGUGUGCAGGCUACGUGCGGAAUUCCUGAAAUAGCCUUUACAACUUAUGAAAACAUGGAAUAUGGAGGUGAAGAUUACAUGAAACCUGAUACCGAGUCUUAUAAUUGGGUUAUACAGGCAUUUACUAGAGCUACAUCCCAUGACAGGGCACCGGAUGUGGCAGAACUACUCGGGAUGAUGGUGGAAGACUACAAACGUAUUCAGCCUAAUGCAAGAACUUACGCGUUGUUAGUGGAAUGCUUUACAAAGUAUUGUAUGGUUAAUGAAGCAAUCAGACAUUUUCGUGCUUUACGGAGAAUUCCUGGAGGAACAAAAGUUCUAUACAAUGAAGGGAAUUGCGGUGAUCCACUUUCUCUCUAUCUACGCUCACUGUGCCUUGAUGGAAGAGCUGAUGAGUUGCUUGAAGCAUUAGAAGCAAUGGCGGCUGACAACCAGACUAUUGCACCCCGAGCAAUGUUUUUAAACCGAAAAUACCGCACACUGGUGAGCUCUUGGAUAGAACCAUUACAAGAAGAAGCUGAUGUUGGCUUCGAAAUUGAUUAUGUAGCCAGAUAUAUUGAAGAAGGAGGUCUUACAGGUGAGCGCAAACGCUGGGUGCCUCGCAGAGGGAAAACUCCUUUGGAUCCAGAUGAAUUUGGAUUUGCCUAUUCAAAUCCAAUAGAGUCAUCUUUUAAACUGCGGUGCUUUGAGGAAUUGAAGUUAUAUCACCGCAGACUCUUAAUUACAUUGCGGAAUGAAGGUCCUGCUAUUUUAGGUGAUGUAUCUGAAGAUGAUGUACGGAGAGUAGUCGAAAGAUUAAAGAAAUUAGUUGUAGGGCCAAAGAAGAAUGUUGUUAAGCCCAAGGCAGCCAGCAAAAUGGUAGUAUCUGAGUUGAAAAUUGAACUGGAAGCGCAAGGGUUGCCUACAGAUGGAACUAGACAGGUCCUUUACCAACGAGUUCAAAAGGCCAGGAGAAUCAAUCGUUCACGUGGUAUACCACUUUGGGUUCCUCCUGUGGAAGAUGACGAAGAGGUCGACGAGGAGUUAGAUGAAAUGAUCUCACGGAUCAAGCUAGAAGAUGGAAAUACAGAGUUCUGGAAACGGCGUUUCCUGGGAGAAACUCGAAACCAUCUUUGUGAACAAGAUAGCAAAGAAGAAGAGCCAGAUUUAGAUGACGAGUUAGAUGAGGAGGACGACGAUGAUGACGAUGAUGAUGACGCCAAAGAAGCAGAGGAAGAUGAGAUAGAUGAUGAGGAGGUCAUUGAGCGAACAAGAAAUCAAGCUGGUGACGAUGAGACUAAGGACAAACCAGCAAAAGGACCAAAUCAGCAUCUUCAAAUGAUAGGAGGCCAGUUAUUGAAGGAUCUAGAGAAGACUUCAGGUUCAACGAGGAAGUUGAAAAAAAUACCCGAGAUUGAUGAUGACGAAGAUUGGUUUCCUGAAGAUCCAAUGGAAGCUUUCAAGGUUAUGCGCGAGACAAGAAUGUUUGAUGUAGCAGAUAUGUAUACUACUGCAGAUGCCUGGGGAUGGACAUGGGAGAGAGAACUAAAGAAUAAGAUGCCACGCAAAUGGUCACAAGAAUGGGAGGUUGAGUUAGCUAUUAAGAUAAUGAAUAAGGUUAUAGAGCUGGGUGGUACUCCGACUAUAGGAGAUUGUGCAAUUAUACUGCGUGCAGCGAUGAAAGCUCCAGUCCCUUCUGCUUUUAUUACAAUAUUGCAAACAACACAUAGCCUGGGCCAUAAAUUUGGAAGCCCGUUGUAUGACGAGGUAAUCUUGUUGUGCCUUGAGCUGGAGGAGAUCGAUGCGGCUAUUGCUGUCGUCGCAGAAAUGGAGACGAAUGGAAUCAAGGUCCUGGACGAGACCUUGGACAGGGUUCUUGCAGCCAAACAGUCCGGGAAUGUGAACUCUGCAGUCCAACCACCAACCGAGUAGCAUCCCUGUUUAAACUUGAACUCGGAAGCCCUCAGCAGCCGUGAUCUGAUAUAUCAGACGGAAAUCACUCGGCUCCUUAGCAAUGAUAGGCCUAAGCUUGCCUUUACAAAUUUUGAUGGCGAUUGGAAGCUGCUGCAUGUGCAGAUGGGGGAAAGAUCAACGGACGUUUUUGCCAUCCCCGUCCGUGUUAGCUUCGGUUUAGUCUGCACGUGUUGUAUGAUGUAUCUAGAGAUAACAGUCAGUUUUGAUGGACGAAAUGGAAUGUGGCUCUUUUUCUGACA